AUGCACCUGGUCACCAUCUGUGGGAACCUGUUCAUAAUCCUGGCCACCAUCACUGACUCCCACCUCCACACACCCAUGUACUUCCUCCUCUCCAAUCUCUCCUUUAUAGACAUCUGUUUCACAUCCACCACCAUCCCAAAGUUGCUACUGAACAUCCAGAUGCAGAGCAAAGUCAUUUCCUAUGCAGGCUGCCUCAGUCAAAUGUCCUUUUUCAUACACUUUGCAGCACUGGAGAACUUCCUCCUGACCGUGAUGGCCUAUGACAGCUUUGUGGCCAUCUGUCACCCCCUGCACUACAUGGUCAUCAUGAAUCCCCAGCUCUGUGUCCUGUUGGUUUUGGGAUCCUGGAUUAUAAUUGUCUCUUUAUUUUACUGUACCAGCAUUGGUGUGUAUGUCAGUUCUUUUGUGAUGCAUAAUGCACAUGCAAGUGCACCAGCCUCAGUGAUGUAUGCUGUGUUGACACCCAUGUUGAACCCUUUCAUCUACAGUUUGAGGAAUAAAGACAUAAAGGGGGCUCUGAAACACUUCCUUACUGGGAAGGUGGAGCAGUGUGAA